AUGAAGCCGUUCCUCGCGAACUCUGCUUUGAUUUCGUCGUCCAUUCUUGCGAUCUGGAGCGAUAAACUCAUUUCAGCUGCUGUUAUGGGGAUUAGAACUUCAGCCUCAGUGGUUCACACUGGACCUGGAGUUGUUAGCAUAGCAAAUGCUGGCCCCAAUACCAAUGGGAGCCAAUUUUUCAUCUGUACUGUCAAGAUCUCCAAAAUUGGAUCUCUACAACCGAACCGGUGUGAAGAAAUCUCCAUCCCGAACUAUCCCGAGACACCAUGGCUAGACCGGAGACAUGUUGUGUUUGGACAAGUCUUGGAAGGCAUGGAUGUUGUAAGGCUGAUUGAAUCUCAAGAAACAGACAGAGGUGAUCGUCCGAGGAAGAGAGUGGUUGUUAGUGACUGUGGCUCCCUCCACCUGGUAGAAAGGGAUGCGUCGCCGUCAAUCGUGCUCCCAAAGAUCGCCGACGUCAACCCCUCACCAGAUUUACCAGUUUCAACCGUCGACAAGACGUCCGCUCCUCCCGUCGUCCAUGGCAAUUGA